AUGCAAAUAAAGCGCACACAAGGGAAAAGACAUGCUCGCCGUCUCAACCCACAACACUGCAUUCCGACGCUGGUCGACAACGGUUUCUCGCUCUGGGAGUCGCGCGCCAUCCAGAUCUAUCUGGUCGAAAAGUACGGCAAGGACGACAAGUUGUACCCGAAGGAUCCUCAGAAGCGUGCCGUCGUUAACCAGCGGCUGUACUUCGAUAUGGGCACACUGUACCAGCGGUUCGCCGAUUACUGGUACCCGCAGCUCUUCGCCAAGCAGCCCGCCAGCCCCGAGAAGGAGGAGAAAAUGAAGGAAGCGGUCGGUUUCUUCAACACCUUCCUGGAGGGCCACGACUACGCAGCCGGAAACGAUCUCACGGUUGCUGAUCUGAGUCUGGCGGCAUCGAUCGCCACCUACGAGGUGGCUGGAUUCGACUUCGCACCGUAUCCGAACGUGGUUGCGUGGUUGGCCCGCUGUAAAGCAAACGCCCCCGGAUACGAUCUGAACCAGGCCGGUGCCGAAGAUUUCAAGGCAAAAUUCAUGUCCUAA